CUCAGCUCGAAAUUACACCGAUUACACCUCAACGAUACAGGACAUCUUCUCAACGAUAGCAGUUUCAAUUCAAAUCAAGUUGUCAGGAGAAUGUCGUCUUCGCAAGUCAUCCGCUUCCACAAGUACAUCGUCACCCCUCAGGUCUUCUACAAGACGACGAGCAGCUAUGGAAUCGUCAACAUGCGACCUCUGAUCCCUGGCCACGUUCUCAUCUGCCCUAUGCGGGUCGUGCCUAGGCUGGCAGACCUCUCCCCCGCAGAGAUCACGGACCUCUUCCUCUCUGUACAAAAAGUUGGCAAGGUCAUCGAGAAGGAGUAUGGCGGUCAGGGUCUGACUAUGAGCUGUCAGGACGGCUCGGCGGCGGGCCAAUCGGUGCCUCAUGUGCAUAUCCACCUCUUGCCACGUCGGACGACCGAUUUCAACGGUCAGAACGACGAUGUCUACCCGGCACUCGAGAGAAGCGAGCAUCAGCUGGAUGGUAACCUGGCAGAGGUCGCGCAAGAGACCGGAAACGAGCGGAACGUGAUGAAGGUACCCAAAGAUGAGGACCGGAAGUGUAGGACCGCCGAGGACAUGGCCGAAGAAGCGGAGAGGCUAGCAACCCUGUUCCGGGAUGAGUGAACGUUCACUAGGUGGAGAUCAAGUUUGAAGCUCGAUGCAGCGGGGCGGGCGAAGAAUCAACGGCUUUCGGUCAUCAUAGAUGGACACAGCAGGAUGAUAUACAAGCAUUGCACAUAAC